AUGUUGUCCUUCUCCCUGACUCUGUGGCGGACGACAUAUCUAGUCACAGCCAUUGCUGCUGUAGACCCAGCAGCUAUGUAUGACGGGUCCAUUACCGCAGCAGACUCGGAAAUAUUGCUUAUGAUUGCGCUUGCUGACGCCUUCAUCCACCACCGCGGCUCCAACGGUUCCGAGCCCUUCAGGGUAGCAUGGUACCAAAGCCGUCAGCAUCAAUUACCUGGCCUCAAACACCGUCGAUGGCGGAAUCACCUACAACGAAGCCGCCGAACAGAUCGCCAACGACGAGAGGAUCGCCACGUCACCCAGCUACUACGCCUUCCGCGACCACCUCCCUCCCACCCAGCCAGAAUUUCCAACACGAGCGAUGUCCAGACCAUCUUCUCCCAACUCCGCAGGACCGCCGAAGCACCAGCCGCCCAUGGAAGCGCGCCCGUCCGAUUGCUGAGCCGCUACGACCCAAAUCCGCCACCAAUAUCAAGGAGGCCACGACUAAACGACUUUAUCCAAUCCAAUGCAAGUCCCCUGGGCAACCCGCCUACUCAACCUGGUACCACCAAUACACCGCCUUCUCCCGCUCCAAGCCCCCACCGCCGCGAUCCUCCUGGCCGGAAUACGCCCUCACAGACCGAGGCACCUAUCUCUCCCUGCCCAGCAACCUCGCCCGCCAAGCCACCACCGACGAAGCGGGACGAUCCGCUCCUGAACCCAGCACCGGCACGGCUGCUGGCGGGGGGGAAUGCGCAGAAUGCGGAGACCGGCGGCUGA